AUGCAUGAGAUGAACUCCACCACUGGUGUCAGAGAGUUUCGUCUACUGGGUUUCCCGACUCUGAAUGGUUAUAAGUUGCCUUUCUUUUCUAUUAUUCUUUGCAUGUAUUGGAUGGCUUUUUGUGAGAACCUCCUGAUCAUUCUCCUGGUGUCCACAAGCCAACGUCUCCGUUCUCCGAUCUAUUUCUUCCUUGGACAUUUGGCUCUGUCAGACAUCAUCCUUAUAACCAUUGUUGUCCCUAAGAUGCUGGAUGUUAUCAUAAGGGAAGGGAGUGUUAUAUCUUAUGUUGGGUGUUUAACCCAAUCUUACUUGUAUGGUGGAACAGUCAGUGCUGAGUGUUUUUUGCUCACAGUCAUGUCCUAUGACCGAUACUUGGCCAUCUGUAAACCGCUACAUUAUGUCUCAAUGAUGAGUGUCCAGCUUAGGUACAGCCUGGUUGUCUUCUCGUGGUUACUUAGCUUUAUGUUAAUGAUUAUCUCAUUUGUACUUUUAUGCGACUUAGACUUUUGUGGGCCGAAUGUGAUCAACCAUUUCUUCUGUGACUAUGCUCCUCUUUUAGAACUUUCUUGCUCAGAUACAACCGUUCCAGAAAUUGAAAUGAUUUUUAUUUGUUUCCCGAUAGUUCUGUUGCCUUUUUUGUUGAUUGUAAUAAGUUAUGUUCACAUCUUUAUCACUAUCUUUAGAAUUCCCUCCAUAUCAGGCCGGCAGAAAACUUUUUCCACGUGUAGCUCUCACUUGGUGGUUGUUUCUAUCUAUUAUGGGUCCAUCCUCAUAAUCUACAUGGUCCCUAACGCAGGAAAUUCAUUGAUGGUGAAUAAGUUUCUAUCACUUGUCUACAUUGUAGUAACCCCACUUCUAAACCCUGUUGUAUACAGUCUGCGGAACAAAGAAAUUCAAGCAUCUGUGAUGAAAUAUAUAAGAAUCUAUUGUAGUCAAUGA